UGGCUCUCAAGGAGCAUGCGCUUCCUUCCUCACUUCCUCUAAAGGAAGGAGAGAGAGUAAGGCUACGCCCUAGCGGACCCGCGGCCGGCUUCGCGUCACAGGAACUUCAGCACCCACACGGCGGACAGCGCUCUCCUCCACCUGAGGACCUGACUCCCGAGCGCCUGGAGCCUUUCUAAUCGCUUUACUCUGCAGCCGCGCGGAGCUCCACCGGCCGCUGGGUCCCUGCCACUCACCCUCCCCACACCCUCCCUCCUAGCUCUUCCUGUUUUUACUCCUCCUUUUCAUUCAUAACAAAAGCCACAGCUCAGGGAGCCCGGCGCCAGGCUGUAUCUGAAGCCAAGCGUAGAAGAAUGGGGUUCCUUUGGACCGGCACUUGGAUUCUGGUGUUGGUGCUCCAAAGCAGCCCAAUUCAAGCUUUCCCCAAGCCGGGAGGCAGCCAAGACAAACCUCUACAUAAUAGCGAAUUAAGUGCAGAAAGACCUUUGAAUGAACAGAUUGCUGAAGCAGAGGCAGACAAGAUUAAAAAAACAUACCCUCCAGAAAACAAGCCAGGUGAAAGCAAUUACUCCUUUGUUGAUAACUUGAACCUGCUAAAGGCAAUAACGGAAAAGGAAAAAAUUGAGAAAGAAAGACAAUCCAUAAGAAGCUCCCCAGAUGAUAAUAAAUUGAAUGUGGAAGAUGUCGAUUCAACCAAGAAUCGAAGACUGAUUGAUGAUUAUGAUUCUACUAAGAGCGGAUUGAAUCAUAAAUUUCAAGAUGAUCCAGAUGGCCUUCAUCAACUAGAUGGAACUCCUUUAACUGCUGAAGACAUUGUCCAGAAAAUUGCUACCAGGAUUUAUGAGGAAAAUGACAGAGGAGUAUUUGACAAGAUUGUUUCUAAACUGUUGAAUCUUGGCCUAAUCACAGAAAGCCAGGCACACACACUAGAAGAUGAAGUAGCAGAGGUUUUACAAAAACUGAUCUCAAAGGAAGCCAACACUUAUGAGGAGGAACCCAAUAAACCCAUAAGCGUGACUGAAAGUCAGGCUGGAAAAAUACCAGAGAAAGUGACUCCAAUGGCAGCAAUUCAAGAUGGUUUUACUAAUGGACAAAAUGAUGAAACAGUAUCUAAUACCUUAACCUUGACAAAUGGCUUGGAAAGAAGAACUAAAAUCUACAAUGAAGACAACUUUGAGGAACUCCAAUAUUUCCCAAACUUCUAUGCACUACUGAAAAGUAUUGAUUCAGAAAAAGAGGCGAAAGAGAAGGAAACACUGAUUACGAUCAUGAAAACCUUGAUUGACUUUGUGAAGAUGAUGGUAAAGUAUGGCACAAUAUCUCCAGAAGAAGGUGUUUCCUACCUUGAAAACUUGGAUGAAACUAUUGCUCUUCAGACCAAGAACAAGCUAGAAAAAAAUGUUACUGACAAUAAGAGCAAACUUUUUCCAGCACCAUCAGAAAAGAGUCAUGAAGAAACAGAUAGUACUAAGGAAGAAGCAGCUAAGAUGGAAAAGGAAUAUGGAGCCUUGAAAGAUUCCACAAAAGCUGAUAACCCAAGAGGAAAGACGGAUGAGCCAAAAGGGAAAACGGAAGCCUAUUUGGAAGCCAUCAGAAAAAAUAUUGAGUGGCUGAAGAAACACGACAAAAAAGGAAAUAAAGAAGAUUAUGACCUUUCAAAGAUGAGGGACUUCAUCAACCAACAAGCUGAUGCUUACGUGGAGAAGGGCAUCCUUGAUAAAGAAGAAGCUGAUGCCAUCAAGCGUAUUUACAGCAGCCUGUAAAAAUGGCAAAAGAUUCAGGAGUCUUUAGACUGUUUCAGAAAACAUAGCUUCAAACACUUCUGUGAUUAAAGUAAUUUGAGUCAAAGAUUUUUAGAAAGUGAUGAAAGUGCAGUAGUUAACCUUUUAGAAGUGGUCAAACAUAGCUUUCUUGCCAUAAAAACGAUUUGAGAAGUAAAGUUGUAUGUAAGCUGAGAUUUUGUAUAUAGAAUCCUUAUUUCCUUAUAGAUUUACAUUUUAUAAUCAGAGAUAUGCUGCUUUGGAAAGCCUGUAACAGACUGAAUUUAAAACUGAAGCUUCUUCCCGCUGUGUCACAUAGACACCCCCUGAAGAAUUAGGGGGUUCUGUUUUCAAGGCAUGCUGGGUAUCAAAACACCUCAUAGAAUAUGUCUGUUACAAGAUGUCAUUUCCAUCACCAGUUCCCUUUUGGGAGUUAAAAUAAAUUAACAUUUCCUCAAAGCCUA